AUGCCCAAGACACAGCCGAACCUGUACGCUUUCCCCGGCGUCGACGCCCUGGCCGCGGCCCUGAGGUCGUACAUCAUCCAGGGACAAGCCGCGGGUAUUGAGCGCCACGGCACCUUCAAGGUGGCUGUGUCGGGCGGCUCUCUCCCCAAGACGCUCGCCGCGGCCCUGCUGGCCCCGUCCUCGGGCCCGGACGACGUCGUCGACUUCUCCAAGUGGGAGAUCUUCUUCGCCGACGAGCGCGCCGUGCCUCUCGACCACGCCGACUCCAACUACGGCCUCCUCAAGUCGGAGCUCCUCGACAAGAUCCCCGGCGGGGACGAUGCCAAGCCCACCGUCCACCCCAUCGACGUGGCCCACCUCGACGACAUCCAGGAGCUGGCCGACCAGUACGAGAAGACCCUCGUGGGCAGCUUCGCCUCGCGUGACUCGGUCCGCCUGCCCAUCUUCGACCUCCUCCUGCUCGGCUGCGGCCCCGACGGACAUACCUGCUCCCUCUUCCCCGGCCACCCGCUCCUCCGCGAGGCAGACGCCUGGGUCGCCCCCAUCACCGACUCGCCCAAGCCGCCGCCCCGCCGCAUCACCCUCACCCUGCCCGUCGUCACCCACGCCGUCCGCAUCGCUUUCGUCGCCACCGGCGGUGGCAAGAAGGACAUCAUGAGGUCCAUCUUCGAUUCGGAUGAUGGCCUCCCCUGCGCUCUCGUCAACGAGGCUGCCGGUGACCGUGUCAGCUGGUUCGUCGACGAGCCUGCCGUCGACGGCGUCGGUUUUCCCAGGAGGUCUUUCCUUUAA